GGCUUCUGUAAACAACAAGAAGGGAUAUAAUUGCUUGGCAGCAGGGACUUCCAAAGAUGAUGAUACAAGAAGAUCCGAACAGGUCAUCCACGUUGAAAAGGAGGAAGAGUCACCUCUUUGGGGCCGAAAAAGGCUAACCAAGUAUUGUGAAGAGGUAAAACAAUCAAAGAAAAUGGUGAAAAAUCCUUCUGAGGGAAAACUUGAGCCUCAGAAAGAAGAUAUUAGAUUUCGUUCUUUCCUUGCAUUUUGGAUCCUCGGACUGUGCAAUAAUUAUGGUUAUGUUGUGAUGUUAACAGCAGCCCAUGAUAUACUUAGUCAUGGUGAUGAUGUCAAACCUAUGAAUAAUGCACGUCAGUGUAAUACAUUAUCUACAGGUGCUAUCCUUCUAGCUGAUAUAAUACCUUCACUUGUGAUAAAGCUGAUAGCUCCUUUCUUUCCUCUUGCUAUUCAUUUCAGAAUGAUUAUGGUUUUAUUGUUGUCUUCGGCUGGCUUUAUUUUGGUUGCAGAAGCAACUAAUGAAUGGAUUGCUAUAGCUGGUGUUGUAUGCACAGCACUUGCAUCAGGACUUGGAGAAGUUACUCUCUUAUCUUAUAUUGCAUUCUAUAAAAAUAAGAAUGUAAUUUCUGCUUGGUCUUCCGGAACUGGAGGAGCAGGAUUUUUUGGUUCUUUUACUUAUACUGGAUUAAAUAAUUUUAUGUCUAGAAGUGCAACUCUAUAUUCACUAUUAGCUGUACCUGCUGUAAUGGGAGUGAGUUUUUGGGCUCUGCUUGAAAAACCAAAUAAAAAAUUACAGAAUGAUGUUGUAGAAGAAACUAGCUCAAAACCCAAUCUUUCUCAGAAUGAUGAUAUUAAUAAUUACAAUGACAUUGCACCUUUAACUGCAAGCACAGAAACUUUUUUUCAAAAAUUGAAAACGUCACCCUCGCUAUUAAAGUAUAUGGUUCCACUGUGUUUGGUAUAUUUAUUUGAAUACCUCAUCAACCAAGGUUUGGCUGAACUGGUUCAGUUUGACAUAGAUUGGUUGAGUUAUAAAGAACAGUACAAAUGGUACCAAGUUGCUUAUCAGAUUGGAGUAUUUGCAUCUCGCUCAUCUAUCAACAUAGUCAAGAUUAAUAAAACAUGGGUUUUAGCUUUCCUUCAGGGAAUAAAUCUGAUUUUAUUUGCAACUCAAGCUGUUUAUGCAUAUUUGCCAUAUUUUGUUAUUACUUUGUUGCUGGUUUUUUGGGAAGGACUAUUGGGAGGUGCUGCUUAUGUUAACACAUAUAACAGAAUUUCAAAUGAGGUUCCUAUUGAAAAGCAAGAGUUUUCCAUGGCGUUCACUUCCCUCUCCGAUGCUAUAGGAAUAACAUUGUCUGGUUUUAUUGCCAUACCAGUUCAUAAUUUUAUCUGUCAAUUACCAAAGUAUUAAUGUUUAGAUAUUAGCCUUUGAAGCCUCAACUUUCAUUUUGAAAAGUCAGUGCCUAAUUGUUUUAUGAGUUACUAUUAAAUCUGACUAGAUGUACUGAACUAAUAGUAAUAUUAAGUUAUUAUUUUUUAUUUAUUCAUGUGUAAGUAAUAACUUACACAUUUUUUUAUCUGACAUUUGUUUAUUCAAAAUAAACAUUGUGAGAUUCGUAUAUGUAUAAGUAAUUAUAAAUACCUGGCUGUCUAAAAUGGUUGAUAGUUUCCAC